AUGCCGAUUUGUGACGUCACAGCCGAGAAGCUGGUCGGCUUCGCGUCGAGGAGACGGGAGAAAGAAAACCCAUCGACGGUCAACAGGAAAGUAACAACCACGAACCACCAAGAACCACAACAGCAAGAACACGACAUCCUCGAGAAGCAGACAAGGCCAUCUCGAUUGAUUGAUGUAGACUAUUACUGA